AUGCAGAACUGCACCAAAGACGACGACAUACUGCAGAAAGGCAUUGUGCUAUUUCAACUUAUCGUCUACAUCCCAGUGCUCUCUUUGGGGAUCCCCCUGACCAUGACUGCCUUCUGGGUCUUCUGCUGCAAACUCAAGAGGUGGACCGAGACCAGGGUGUACAUGAUCAACCUCAUGGUCGCGGACAGUUUCCUGCUCUUCGCCCUGCCUUUCCUGAUAUAUUUUAACAAGUAUGACCAUCCCGUAGACAAGCUGUGUAUCACCAUCCAGAACAUCUAUUUUACAAACAUGCCUAUGAGCAUCCUUAUCAUCACCCUGAUUGCAAUUGAUCGAUACAUUGCAAUCAAGUUCCCUUUAAAAGCAAAGAUUCUUCGAUCUCCACUAAAAUCAGCUUCUAUCUGUGUGUUUGUUUGGUUAACGCUUAUAGUUUAUUCCUACUUGCGUCGAAACCUGGAUGACAGAAAGGAAAAAUUGUGCUUUCAGAAAGAAACUGUUCAACCUAAUUAUUCAAUGUUAUUCUCUGUUAUCUUUGGGUAUUUUAUUCCCUCAGGGAUUGUGAUUUUUUGCUCCGUACAAGUCAUCAAAUGUCUCAAAAAGAAGAUGGCCACGAGCCCUCAUGAGACAAAGUUAAUUCAGAAAGCAAUCCACAUUAUUUCUGUGAAUUUGUGCGUGUUCGUCGUAUGUUUUUUGCCUUUCUACAUCACACUGCUCUUCCGUGCCUACCUUGACAUGGGCAACAGGAGCGAGUGGACAACACUUGAGGAUGAUGCAAAGUGA